AUGCCCUCGAAGAAUCUUGCAAGGCCCUUCAAGGGCUUAUUGCGCAGGUUGCAAAAAUCUUCUGUAUCUCCAGCAGAAACUGUCGAGCACCAUGUGGAAGAUCCCCUCACCUCAGCCCCGCCUCAUGGCGAGAAUGGAGAUUCUACGCGAUCAGGCAAAGGCUUGCUACGGACGACCAAUGCACCUGUCCAGACCGACGAAGCCGUAUCUUUAUGGAUAGAAGCAUACGAUGGCCUUGCAAGCGAUGACCAUGACUUGGUACAGGCAUACGAAACUGUCCUCACAGCGCAGUCCAGCACGGUAUAUGCUGUGGCCGGAACAGUCAACAUUUUUACCGGUUGCAUAGGUCCAGCACGCAUGGAGUUGAUGACUUCUCUUGCUCGUGAUGCAUCAAAUAAGGCAGCGAAGAAUGCCGACUAUCUCGAGAAUCUCGCCAGCGGUGCCGAACUACUCGGAACAGUAUGUAGCGGCGUUGGCAAGCUCCUCGAUGCCUAUCCACCUGCUGCAAUCAUACUGUCGGGUGUCUCAGUUGCGCUUCCUUUGGUUAUAAAACCUAUCAAAGCGAGAAAGCUUUUGUCUGAUUGCCUGAGACACAUCUUGGAGCAGACCGAAUGGUACUUGAGCCUUUCGCAUGCUUUGCUGAGGGUCAAUUGGUCUAACGACAGCACCUAUGCACAACACCGCGGUGCCCUUAGAAAGGUCCUUUUGAGACUGUACAAAUCUCUGCUUCUACUCGAGUUGCGCUGCGUCUGCAGGUUUCACGACCCGAAAUGGGUAUUCGCGUCAUUGAAAGAAAUGCUCUCUGUAGUAGAUUGGGAGGGCGAAUUGAAGUCCCUCAAAGAACUGGAAGAAGAAGUCAACGGACAUAUCAGCCAAUACAACACCCAGGCACUCUUAGACAGGAUUUCCCACCUAUACAUUGGCCAGACCGAGCUUACAAAGGAGAUCACGAGGACGACAAAUAUUCUUGAGACGAUGGCGAGGACAACUGAGGAUUGGAGAGCAGAGCAAAUGCAAAUACAUCGAAGCAAAGCACGGAAACGACUCAGCACGCUCAUUGGGAAGUUCAACACCACUUCAUAUCGAGCUCACAUGAUGCGAAACGAUGAAAGAGUAGAAGGGACAUGUCAAUGGUUUUGUAACCAUGAAAAAUUCGAGCAAUGGCUCGAAUCAGAAACUGAUCCCGUGCUGGUCGUUUCGGCUGACCCCGGUUGCGGAAAAUCGACUCUCGCCCAGUACUUGAUCGAGACGAUACUGCCUCGUAAGCAGCCCAACGCCUCCAUAUCCUAUUUCUUCUUCAAGGAUAACUUGGAGCAGCGGAAGACGUCUAACGCCAUCUGCUCGUUGUUGCACAAUCUGUUUGAUCAGCAACCAGAACGGGCUGAGCCCUGCGAAGACCAGAUUCUCAAGUACGGCGAACAGCUUUUCACGGAUCCGGAGCUUUUGUGGGAAAUCUUCGAAAAGGCGAUCUUCUACCAACACAGUCACGGAGAAGCUCACGACCACGGCAAUAUCUUGUGCGUACUGGACGCUCUUGACGAAUGCGAUGCUGCCGAACUCCGAAUGUUACUUAAGAAACUCGAUUCAAUCCUUCUGCAUGUCGACUCCCGGAGGCUACCGAUCAAAUUCCUUCUGACGACACGGGGGUACCCCGAGAUUCUCCAGCAGAUCAAGGUGAUGGAAUCCCGAAUUUUAAGACUCGCAGGGGAAGGCAAGCACGAAAUGGACGCCAUCCAAAGCGAAAUAACAUUAGUUAUCAACCAUCGCUUGGAGAAACUUGUCAGAAUGAAAGGACUUGACCCGGAAACAGAGAAGGUCAUCAGAAGUUCCAUUGGAGAGAGGGGUUCGUCACAACGGACCUACUUGUGGGUCAAGCUCGUUCUCGAGGUACUCGAGGCCAACUUUGAUGAUGACCCAGAGGAGUGGGCACGUCUUAUCACCAACCCACCAUUGACUGUAUUUGAAGCAUAUGAGAAGCUUCUACAGCGUGUCAAGGCCAAAGACAAGGAGUUUGUUAGAAUUCUUGUCUCCUUAGUUUAUAUUGCCCGACGGCCGUUAUCUCUCCGGGAGAUGAACAGCGCGAUUGAGAUCCGGAGCCAUUUGGCAGUCAAGGACAUGCCGCGGUUCUCAACAGACGAAUCCUUCCGAGCCCGGGUCAUCCACGCCUGCGGGUUCUUCGUUACCGUCUAUGAUGGUCGGCUAUUCUUUAUACACCAGACCGCCCAAGAAUUUCUAUCUUCAGGCCCUAAACAAAGCAUUCGCGGGGGUGCUCCCUGCUCCGAAUGGGCAUCCUCGAUCGUACCACAGCUAGCUCAUAGAACAUUAGCUGAGAGCUGCAUCGCAUAUUUGUCAACAGGUAGCAUUCAAGCUCUGGACUUGAGUAAAAUCACUUGCUCCACCAGCCGGGCGACAACCUCAACAAUAGGCUGGGAGUGGAGGAAUUUUCUGUCCUCCGACGAACCGGCGAACAUCAAAGUAGAAACUGUCGAUGUGAAAACGACUAUUCUCGAGCGUUACGAAUUCUUCUUCUACGCAAUCGAACAUUGGACAAUCCACUUCCGGCUAGCCCAAAGUAUGAGCGGCAGCCGGCUUGUGGAAGAUAUUGGAAAAGAGUUUAUCGAUUCCUAUCUCUCGCUUUACAACCAAGUCACACCAGUCAAUCAAACCUGGGCUGCCGUCACCGUGGACGUUAUCAAGCGACGGCCUUGUGAAUAUGAUCACUUACCAGAUUAUGAGUGCUUGGCAGACACCCAACAUACCCUGGCCGAGAUGAGCCCUUAUGUUGCCAUGCUUUGUGGCCAUGUUCGCCCCUUGAAGGCUGCAGCUGAACAGCACUGGAACUUUCCGAAUAUCUCCGCCUUACCGUUUCGUGACUCGGGGAAAAGGGGCCAGCUCCCCGAUAUAGUCGAAAGCCUCACUGGCUGGGCGGUCACGGAUGGGUCCGAAGUAGCGUUGUGCUAUCUCUUGGACACAUAUCCUCAACUUCUGCCUCAAUGCGGCCGACUUUUGAGAGAUGUGUGCCACAGUGCUGACCCAGUGAGCUCUGUUGUACUCGCCUUGCUGGAGAAAGGCGUACCAGUAGGCGCACCAGUAGGCACACCCAGUAAAGCCAAUCACUUCUGGCAGAAUGAGCUAUCGUUGGCACUGAAUGAGGCCCUCACUUCGUCCGCUUGGCCAGAUGUACAAUUGAACCUUGCUGAAACGUUGAUCCUCAACGGCGCAGAUGUUUGCGCUCUAUAUGAUUCAUCAGGGCUGCCGCUAUCGUGGACGCCAUUGGACUUGGUUUCAGUACAAAGACGACCGAAUUUCAGGCAACUUGUCGAACUACUCUUACGGCACGGUGCCGACAUUAAUGCAAAAAAUUUCCGAGGCGCCACUUGUUUGGCGACAAUGUGUUUUGAAGCAGAGGAAUACUGUCCAAUUCCGAUUCAUAGUGCUAUUCAAAUACUUAUGGAACUAGGUGCAAAGACAUGGCUAACAGACAGCAAUGGAUACAACCCACUUCAUUUGGCAUCUGCUCGGGGGUUGAGUUCAUCAGUGAUAGUAUUGAACGAGGAGGCCGAGUCACGUACCCUAAUCGGCCACACCCCUCUUCACCUCGCAUGCAUGACAUUCCACCUCCACUUGAGAAACACGGUGGAUUUCCCAAAGUGGUCCCUCUUGGAGGCGUAUUCGCCAUUCUGGGAUGAUGAAGAGGAAAGGCACUAUCGUCUCUCAGAGCUUUGGCCCCCUUUUGGCGAAAUGUCCGAGAAUAUUGGCGCUUCCUCCGAAACUGGCGAUACCCCCAGGCCAGUCGAGCACCUCACAUUGAUUGGUCAUGCUCCUAACUCAGCCAAAUUGCAUGACCCGUUGCCUUCGGAGCAAUCAAAUCAGCAACGGACAGAAUCAAACGCAGGCGACCCAAAUCUGGAGACUCUGGAGGGUAGGCGGUAUGGGGAACAGAACAGAGAAGAGGCGCUUGUUUUGGAUUUUACAAGGUCAAAGCUUGAUUUCGCGGAGGCAUCUCCUGAGUUCACACACUCUCCUUCUCAGAGCUUCAGCCAAGGUGUCAAAGUUGAAGAAGAUGAUUUAAUCAACAACCUGCAUGGAACCGGCGUAAAGAGUGAGCCGGUCUUAAAAACUUCAUCCAAGACUGAGAACACCUCUGGUGAAUACCAUCAACAAUCCUUCUUGGAUAUGCACAGCGAUUCGGAUCCGGUGGUGACUGUAAAGUCGUCAGACGAUUCUGGGCAAGGGCUAGCCGAAGGCACCGGCAUUUCAUCUACAGAAAAUCCGACAUUGACCCAGGUCCGAGAAAUCCGAAAAACCUGCGUCGCUGGCUUAGCUUCAUUCAGUGUUCGGGAUUCGGCUCAACCCUGGAGAGUCGAUCAAACGGAUCGCCCCGUCCUGAUUCAGUCUCUCAAGUCUUCCGGUGCGGACGUCAAUGCUCGUGAUGACGAGGGAUGCACACCACUCCAUUAUGCCGCAUUGUCCAGAGAUCUCUUUCUCGUUGAAAUGCUUAUAGAACGCCUGGGAGCAGAUGUCACGGCAAAGGACGAUGGUGGCCGAACAGCGUUGCACUGCGCCUGCUCUGGCUUUAGGUAUGGACCGUUUUGGGAAUUAAAUCAAUCGGAUGAGAUAAUGGCACUCAGUCGGGGCAUCAUUGGGCUUCUUCUCGACAAUGGCGUCGAUGUAUUUGCCGAGGACAAGGGGGCUAAAACGGCUCUGGACUACGCUCUGCUGCACAAAGAUGAUGGAAUUGCUGAGUUCCUCAAGUUCCGAAGCGACAGAGCUGCAUACGUGGGAAUGUGGGAACCACUCGAGGAUAGAAUCGCGAGAUUAGAGCAAGACGUCCUUUGGAGUUCUGUACAAAAGUAG